AUGAUUCCAGGCCAUUUGACUGAUCCGAAGUCGGAUAAACUUAAUUGCAACAUAUUGCCGUUCCAUGAGACCGGCGAUGGCCCAACAUCUUCGCGAUGGGAAGAAUGGAAAGGACAAUUUUUGGCGUACCUGGCGUUGAAAGGUGUUACUGAUCACGAAGAAUUAUACAACGCUCUUAUGUGCUUCGGUGGACCGGACGUCAGGAAAAUUGCGAAAAAUUUGGAGAUCACCGGUAAUAUCCUGGACAACCGUUACAGAGCAGCGAUGGAGGCCUUGGAUAAUUACUUUUCUCCACGAAUGUCACUACGAUACGAGCGGUACAAGUUCAGGCAACUCAAGUUUAAUCCCAAGGAGAAAUUGGACCAGUUCGUUCUACGUCUCAAAAUCCAAGCAGCGGCAUGCAAUUUCGAAGAUCAACUCGAUCAAAUGGUCAUGGAUCAAAUCGUUUAUGCAACUCAAAACGACGAUAAAUUGAGGGCCAAAUAUCUGGAAGCUGAUGUAACUCUGGACGAAAUGCUGAAGAUUGGGCGUACUCAUGAGACCGUGGCCACCCAGGUACAAGAAUUUCGAUCCAAACCAACGUAUGAUGGUACGUGCACUAAAUGUUCAGGAAAACACCCUACUGGCGAUCAGAAAUGUCCUGCUCGGGAAUCGAGGUGCAACAACUGUGGAAAAAAUGGGACAUUUUGCACGUUGCUAUUGGAAACCGCGCCAAACCUUUCACCCUUAGGACAGCAAGACAAACGGGCUGUUUCGGAAAGCUCUAAUUAUCCAGCCAGCCGUUUCCGAGGAAGCUCAUCGAACAAGAAACAGAAGUUUGUAAGAGAACUGGAUGAUGUUACCGAUAAGGUGGAGAUCCGUGAGUUGUUCCACCUCGACAACAAACGCAGAGUAGAUGCAGCUGUUGGGGGAGUGAAGCUUCGUUUCGUAGUGGAUACUGGUGCGGAUGAAGACGUCCUCAGCGCAGCCGACUGGAAGACCCUGAAGAAGGUGGGUUUCAAGGCAUUUGAUGUACGGAAAGGCAGCAAGAAAAUUUUCCGAGGAUAUGGUUCAAAUCAUCCCUUGACAGUCCUUGGCGAAGUGGAUGCAGAAAUUUCGAUAGGAGAUCAAGCCUGCAGCACCACGUUCUUCGUAAUCGAAGGAGGAAACUGUUCGUUGCUUUCCGGGAGGUCGGCCGAAAAUAUAGGAGUGGUAAAGUUUCUCAACGUAGCAAACAGCAUUGCUUUGCCCUGCAUCAAAGGAUUUUCUUCUAGCUUAUCGUAACACACCUCAUUCAACAACAAACGUUACCCCAGCAAAGCUGUUAUUGGGAAGAAAUCUUCGAGAUAAAAUUCCAAUGAUCCGUGUAUCCGAACAUUCAAACCCCGAGAACAGAGUAUGACAUUCUGACAAAACAAAGAAAGAAAAAGGAAAGGAGUAUGGAGAUUCGAAAAGAAGAGCAAGAGAAUCACACAUUGACGUUGGAGAUCAUGUAGUCGUGAAAAAUUUGGUGAAACCAAACAAGUUAGAAACAAACUUCAACCCUCAACCUCAUGUUGUCGUUAAGAAGAAUGGAACCCGGAUUACUUUGAAGAACUUAUUAACUGGAGUUGAAUUCGAUUGCCACGUGAAUCAUGCAAAGCUUUUAAUUUCUAGUAACCCGGUCAAUACCCGUAGCGGCUCGCCAGAUGAUGUCCUCGAUAGUUGUGAAGAAAAUCGUCCUUGUGAAGUCGACAAUGGAAUCGUUGGCCGAGAUGAAACCCGAAUGCAGAGACGUAAACGUAAACCAGAAUAUUUGAAUGAUUAUGAAAUUUACAAGCUAAGCAAACAAGAAAUGAAUUAAAUAGUUGAAUAAUUGUUAAAUAAAACUUAAACUUAAAAUAAAUAAAAAGGAGGAGAGAUGUAGUAAGCUACGACUCUGUAUCAGGAUUCGAAGUAGGUCAUGCUAGGAUACGAGACAAUAAAUGAUCAUUCUGUAUAAAGCUAUCA